UCAGCCCUCCGGCGGAGAUACCAGCACCCUGAACACUGUUUACAACACCGGUACUUACUUUUUAAGAGGAGAGGUAACUCAACUUGUCACCUGCCGGUUUUAACUCGCAGUGUGUUGACUUAAAAGCAGCUUGGGGUUAGCUAACUGCUCGUCAGCUAGCAUGCUGCUGUGUCAUCACAUCUCACUUUUGGAUUAAUUUUAUCUCGUCAUGACUGAGUUAAGAUGUCGGAAAACAGAAACCGUGGAGGGGAAUAAAGAGGAGAAUGAGGAAUCAGAUGAGCUACACACCACAGGUGUGAACACGGAGGAUGAUCAGGGGACUGUGGCGAGCGGUGAGGCAGAUGAGAAGCAGCUGAAAGAUGAAGGUGAAAAAGAGGAGGAUGCUCAACCUAAAGAGGAAGAAGGAUCGAGCAAAAACGAGCCAUCUGUCAAAAAAUGCAAAAGCUCGUCUACAUCGGCGUUUCUGCAGCGUGUGGUGAGGGUGUUCUUCGGGUGUCUGGCAGCAGUGGCUUGUGGUAUGCUUUAUGCGGGCUAUCUGUCUGCGUACCAUGACAGGAAGUUCUGGUUUUCCACUAGACAGGAUCUGGAGCGUGAAAUCACCUUCCAAGGAGGCAGUGGGCUCUAUUAUUAUUACUACAAGCACAUGGUGUCAGCAUCGUCUUUUGAAAGAGGUUUUUAUGAACUGAUGAUAGAUAACAGGACUGUUUCAGGACAGACUAUCAAUGUGGUGGAGCGUCUGUUUCUGUACCCAGAGCUCAUCACAAGCUUUAUAUAUAGAGUUACAGACAGCCAGGAUUUUGUUGAGCCAAUCUAUUUCUAUAUUGGAGCGGUUUUUGGCCUCCAGGCGGUCUACGUCACAGCCCUCUUUGUGUGUAGCUGGGUGAUGAGUGGCACCUGGGUGGCUGGCAUGUUGGCCGUGGCGUGGUAUGUUAUCAACAGAACAGAUACAACCAAAUUGGACCAUGCUAUACCUUUUCGGGACAACUGGGCUCUGCCAUACUUUUCUUGUCAGGUGGCAGCUUUGACUGGAUUCCUGAGAAACAACAUCAGCUCUGCCACCGAGAUGUUUUGCUAUCUUACCAUGAGUGCCACCACCUUCACCUUCCUCCUGGUCUGGGAACACAGCCACUAUGUGCUCUUCAUCCAAGGCCUCUGCCUUUUCCUGCUUGACUCUUUUGAUCUUGUGCCACCACGUAAGAUGGCUGACAUUCACAAGGUGUACGUCAGCUCUUUGUUCCUGGCCUACUUGUUUCAGUUUCAGAAUCAGACCCUACUCAGCUCACCUCUGCUCAGCCUACUGAUUGGCUCAGUGCUCGCGAGGUACUUCCAGCAAAAAAUGAAGAAGGGACCUCUUGUGGCCAGAGUAAUGAAGCUCUUCCUACAUUUCCACCUCGUCUUCACCACAGGGAUUACCUUCAGUUAUUUAGUUAAGAAACUUCUACCUGUAACUGAAAGUGACUUCAUAUUGAAGUUCCUUGAAGUAAAAUUUGGUCUCAACACAACAACUGACUUCAUUACCAACUUCCUCCUGUGCCAAGAGAGUUUCCAGACACCGAAUCAGGACUUAUUUCUACGACUCACCCAGGCCUCAGUCCUUCCCUUCUACCUCCUGGUGCUCUCAGUGUGCCUGCUGUCCACCCUGCAGACCAUUUACAGAAGACUCAGUGGCCAGCCAAUGAAAACUAACCUCCGACUAGAAGAUGGAAGAAUAGGAGAGCAGCCUGAGGUCAUCUAUCAUGUUUUUCACACAUUGCUUUUUGGAGGCCUGGCUUUGCUGUUUGAUGGGAUGAAGUACUUAUGGACCCCGUACGUCUGCAUGUUUACAGCUUUUGGUGUGUGUUCUCCAGACAUCUGGAUGACUGUGUUCAAGUGGCUCAAACUGAGGACCAUACACCCUGUUGUACUGUCUCUGAUCCUGAGCACAGCCGUUCCUACCAUCAUUGGUUUCAGUUUGUGGAGAGAGUACUGUCCUCGAGUCAUAGCAGAGCUGUCUGAUCUGCAGGAGUUCUAUGACCCUGAUACAGUCGAGCUGGUCAGCUGGAUCAGGACUCAGGUUCCAGUAGCAGCUGUGUUUGCAGGCAGUCCUCAGCUGCUGGGGACAGUGAAGUUGUGUUCAGGUUCGGUGGUGACCAGUUUACCUCUUUACUCAGAUAUCAGCCUGCUGAGGAGGACUGAAGAUACUUACCAGGUGUAUGCAAUGAGAUCUGCGGAGGACAUCUACAAGAUUCUGACCGCUCAGAAGACAAACUAUGUGAUUAUUGAAGAGUCGAUAUGUAAUGAGCUCACUCUCAAUAAGGGCUGCAGGAUCAAAGACCUGCUGGACAUCUCCAAUGGACAUGUCGUAUAUGACAAAGGAGAGGUCUACUCCUUCUCUAAGCACGGGAGGUUCUGCCACGAGAUAAAGAUGAACUACUCGCCCUACACAAACUAUUUCACCAGAGUUUUUUGGAACCGUUCGUACCACGUCUACAAAGUGAACUCUGUCAUCUCCUUUCAGUACUGACAGCAGCCUCCUCCUCCUCCUCUCUGCUGAGACUUGACUGAGCCCGUCUCUGCUCUUCUCCACCUCAUAUCCACAGAGUAACACAAAGCCACUGCAUCGUUCUUUUGCAGUGUGUUUGUGUGUGUGCGUGUGCUCAGAAAAAUGUCAAAUCACUGUUUGCUCUGUAAUCUUAUAUGCUGCAGUGCAGAUGGUGAAACUGCUAAUUUGAACCAACGGGGAUUAACUGAGCACAAUGUUUUAAAUCAACAGAAACGGACCCUGUUGUAGUUGAAAUAUGCCAUAUGAAUUACUGCACUGCACUGUAGUUUUAUAAGACAUGCGUUACUGUUACUGUUACUGCGAUGCAUUUAAUGAAGGAGGAGGUUAAUAUGUCUGUCUACUUUGGACGGAGCAGCUGUUUUAGACUCAUUCUCUUUUGAUGACAACUUGUGUCGUUAUCUUGAGACAACAAAUAGGGCUCAUAUUACCUCUGUUAUAAUGAUUUUAGUUAUAUGAAGUUGUCUUUUGAUCCUGACUUAAAUGUCUCUUUACUAUUUGGAAGUCACUGUUGUUGGCCUAAAGAGAUAAAACAUAGCAAAAAUGCAAGAGGAUAAACUAAGUUGUGGUAUUAACCAUAAUUUUAUUAUUACUGCCAUUUGAUAUCCUGAAAUAAUAUAAUAAUCAGGAUCAGGAGAAAAUAGUUUGAUAUUUGGAGAUAUCAUUUGUCCUGUAAUUUUAAUCUUAAUUCAAUGAGAAGCUACCACAAACCUGUAGUUUAUAUCAAAAAUAUUAGAUCAUAUUCUGAUCACAAAAAAUCUAAAGAUAACCUGAUAGUCAAGACUUAAA